AGGUGACCGUUUGUUUGGCGCAUUCCGAGUGCCAAUUUGACGGUGGCUUUAUCCUCUACUGCCUUAAAUAUUGAAAAUAUAAAUUAGUGAGGCAUUUGUUUCCACCCUUCCUGGAUUCACAUAUUUGACAUGGAUGCCAAGGAUGAUGAAGCACGAAGCAUUCCUGAGCUGAAGUUGGAGGCUGUUAUCGGUUUUAACGGUCGUGUUCCCUUUGGCCUGAAGCUUCAUCCAGACAAGAAGUAUUUGAUAUAUCCUCUGGGAAGUCUUGUUAUCCUGAAAAGAACCGACGAUGGGAAGCAGGAGUUUCUGCAUGGACAUUCAAACAAUGUAUCCUGCAUUUCUUUGUCCAAAAGUGGAGUCUACAUUGCCUCUGGGCAGGUCAACGUUAUGGCCGUUAAGGCACCAGUGAUUAUCUGGAACUAUGCAGCGAGAGCAAUCCACGGCCAGCUACUGCUCCACAAGGCGAAGGUUGAGGCUGUUGCCUUCUCUCCCAACGAAAAGUACCUGGUGUCUCUUGGGGGCCAAGAUGAUGGCAGCAUCGUUGUUUGGAACAUCGAUACCAAACAGGCCAUCUGUAAGAGCUCAGCUUCGACUUACGGUUACUGCCUCACAGUGGAGUUCUUCCACACCAGUGAUAACAUCUUCGCUUCAGCUGGCAGUGGAACACUGCGAAUCUGGGAGUUGGAUCUUACCAACAGAAGGAUCUGGCCCACUGACUGCAGGACAGGCAAGCUGAAGAGGACUGUGAAAUGUUUGGAAAUUUCAGAGUGUGAUCAGUAUAUGUUCUGUGGCACUACAAGUGGGGACAUAAUGAAAAUCAACACGAGGUUGAAACUUUUGAAUAACUGUGGUCCAGCUAGAGCAAAGUUCAGCGGGGGUAUCAAUGUCCUGAAGGUGUUGAACUCUGGAGACAUGCUUAUUGGCACUGGAUCGGGUACCUUGGCUCUGUGCUCCAAGAACAACUUCCAAACUGUCAGGGAAAUCGAGCUGGAGAACGCAGUGACCUCCGUUGCCUUCAGUGACGAGGGAGGGCAGCUCUUAGUCGGCACAGAGGGAGCCCAGAUGUACCGCGUCAGUUUUGAGGAUUUCAAAGCUGAUCUGCUAUGCACAGGCCACAGAAGCACUAUCCACGACAUAGCCAUUCCUAUGUCCAUGUCCCAGGUGUUUGCAACCUGUUCUGAGGAAGACAUCAGACUGUGGCGCAUAAACAAGCCCAAAGAGCUAAUGCGUCUCUCUGUGCCCAACGUGACCUGCAACACCCUGUGCUUCAUGAGUGAUGGGCACGGCAUCAUCAGUGGAUGGAGCGAUGGUAAGAUCCGCAUGUUUGACCCGAAAAAUGGGAAGCCGCUGCUCAUUAUAAACAACUCGCACAAUAUGGGUGUGACAACCAUCGCUAACACCAGAGACUCCAAGAAGAUUGUCAGUGGAGGAAGAGAGGGACAGGUGCGUGUUUGGGAGCUACAGCCUCAAGGCCACCGUUUGCUGGAUACGCUGGCGGAGCACAAAGAGACUGUGACUUGUAUCAAAAUCAAGAGCGAUGACAGCGAGUGCGUCUCAGCCAGCACUGAUGGGACCUGCAUCAUCUGGGACUUAGUACGAUGUGUAAGCCUUCAAAGGGUGAUUGCGAACACUCUUUUCCGGACUGUGUGCUACAAUCUAGAUGAACACCAGAUCAUCACAAGUGGAACUGACAGAAAGAUCACCUACUGGUAUGUGUUGGACGGCUCUUCCAUCAGAGAACUGGAGGCCUCCCAGUCAGGGGCCAUCAACACCAUGCACAUCACAAAUGACGGCAACCACUUUGUGACAGGUGGAGAGGACAAGCAGCUGAAGGUGUGGGACUAUACACUCGGAGACGUAACCCAUGUAGGGAUGCCUCUUGGUGCAAGUAUUACCUCCACCAAGAUCUGCUCCAACAACAGCAUCCUGGUCUGUGCCACUGCUGACGGAGGCGUUUGGCAAUGGAGGUUUCCUCACCCUCCCUCUUCCUAAUAAACUCUUAAAGUAGCAUUUUCUCUUAAUAUUUAUUUGCAAAUUUUACAUAUAAGAUUGCAGACCUAAUCCGAAUAGCACUAGAUUCAAGCAGUACUACUAAUUAUACAUGUCAAUGUGUUGAAGUGUUUUUUUAAAUUUAUUUAAAUUAGUAUAAUUAACCACCUGACAGGUAAUCUCCUCUGACUCACAAAAGAAAGUGUCUCUUAGAAAAAAAUAUAUUCAGAUCAUAAGUACAGUUAAUUGACUUUAUCUCUGCAAUAACAUUGUGUCAAGCAGGUAUGGGAAAACAAUGUGACAAAAUCCCCUUUUGAUACUUCAAGUAUUCCCCUUAUUGGAAAAUGUGUGCCACUAUCAAGUCUCGCAGUAUCAAACUGGAUUAGCUGCAGACUGGUCAUGAAAGCAACUUCUAAGAUCAUCUGAAAAAAAAAAAAUCCUCUGCAAAACUUUCAUGUCACAGAGAGUAUUUUUAUGUAAAAUCCACUUAAAGAAAUAAGUUCAAACUUCUGUCUGUCUGUCUGAUGUAUCAGAACAAUCUGAAUGUUCUGCCAUGAACAGCAGGUAAUGUGAAGCUCUUCAUUUUGAAGCUAGAUGGCGCUGUAGCACAACAGGAGUCAUAAGAAUAGUUGUUUUUUGUCUCCUGCACGAUUGCUUAUUUAAGCAUGUCUUUAGAAAUCAAGACAGUCUUUCCUGGAAACACCAGAUUAUUUCCUCAUGUAGUUCAAAUGAUUUCAUGUUUGAUGUUUAGUGUUGAUUUAUAAAGUAAGUAUUAUAAAGUAAAGUAUUAUUAAGUAAGUAUUAUAAAGUACUGAUUAUAAAGUAAGAAAGCAAUGGAGAACAGGGUCUGUAAUUGUGGUCCCUGAAUUUUGGAAUACUUAAUGGAUUUAAACAUAAUUUUGGGGGUGGAGGAGCUAAUGACUGUGUUGGGGAAGUAAGCAAUUUGAAAAACAGAAUUUUGCAAUAAUUGUGGACACAAAUGUUUAAGAUGAAAACUGUGUAACGGUGGCUGUUGUCCUCUGGUUUAAUUCUCAUUUAUGGUAAUUCUGUAGAGUAACCAAAGCAAGGAUCACAAAACUCAGCCAGAGCUACUUUGUUAGUAAGAAGCUAAAAAGUGAGAACUACACCUGUAAGCUCAUAUUCGAUCAGGGCUGUUUCUCUCCUUUUACAUUCUUUUAAAAAUAAACUUGUCAAUGAGCUUC